GUUUUCCACUUAACUCUGUGCUUAGAGGGGUGAUUAUGGGGGGAAAAACACUCAGUAGGGCUUGAUUUUAGACGUUACCCCAGGUGUUAUGGCAUGGUCUGUGUUAUUAAGCAACAUAAAACGAAGAGGAGCUUUUGGGCUCUUGUCACCAGUACAAUUCACAACAACAAAACCCUAAAAACCGAAACCACAACAGAACUGCGCUGUGCUGAGCUUCAGAAAGAAGUUUUCUCCUUUAUUCUUUUUAUAGCAAGCGGCUGUGAGCUGCGAGGAAGCCGCUGAGAUCUUCUGGCCCUGCUCAGCGGGGCCACCUAGCGCGGGCUGCUCAGCACCGCGUCCCCUGCCGGGCUUUGGUUAGCUCCAGGCACGAAAUUUCGGGGCAGCCUGAUGCGGUGUGGGGCCAUCCUCGCGCUUCGCGAGCUUCUGGAGGCCGAGGAAAAUAAAUACUUGGCUGAGAUGGAGGCGUUUGAAGAAACCCUGCUGGAGAAGCAAGCGAAAAUGAGGGAGCGAGCGAAAUUAUUGCGGGAGGAGAGGGAGAAGGAAAGGCAGCAGCUGGUGGCUGAAAAACGGGAGCAGCAAUUCAGAGAACAAUGCGAUGAGCUCCGCACGCAGCGGAUGAAGCAGCAUCAGAGGGAAUUGUGCACGGAGCGGCUGGCCCAGCUAACUCUGAAGGAGGAACUGAAAAAACAGCGGGAGGAGGAGGAGGAGAUGUUCGCAGAGCUUUGGAAGGAGGACAGGUUGGCUAAGGAAAGGCGAGAGGCGGUGGAUGUGCAGAAAUUAUCCAAACAGAAUCGGGAAAUCCUGGACGUCCUCGGCGCCCAGGUAGCAGCGCUCAGCGCUCACAAAGAGGAGGAGAAGCGGCUGAAGGAAGAAGAGGCUCGAUUGCUGGAAGAACAGCAGCAGCUGCUGAAACUUGAAAAUGAAAAACUUCAAAUGGAGAAAUUACAGAAGCAGAAGGAAUGCAGGGAGAUGUUGCUCGGCGCAGCAGAGGACAAGAGGAAGCGGCUUAAUGAAGAAAAAGAAGGCGAGCUUGCCCUCGAGAUGAAAACCUUAGAAAAAUCGCCUUGGAAACCUGAGGAAGACCCCGAGGAGAAAACCAGGAGAAAACAAGAGCUGUUCAAGGAGCAACAGGCUUACCGGGCGCACCUGGCUCAGCAGCUGGAGGAGGAAAAAGAGCGAGAAAAAGAAGUGGACAAGCUCCUCGAGGAAGAGAGGGCGAAGGUUUGGGCCAAGAAGGCUGAGCAAACGCGGUUGGAAAAGGAGGCUAGAGAGCAGCUCCUGAAAAACGUCCUGGAUACGAGACAGCUACAGAUUGAGGAGAAGAUGCAGAGAAACGCGAAGGAGCAGGAAGAGCUUGCUCAGGAGAAGAAGUUACUGGCUGAGGCCGUCGCAGAACUCAAACGCAUAGAGGAAGAAAAAUAUGCGAGAAAACUGAAGGAAGCAAAAGAAUACCAAGAGCAGCUCAGGGCUCAGAUUGCCCAUCAGCAACGGGCCCGUGAUGCUGAGGAAGAAGAGAAGAAGCAAGAACACGAGCUGGGCCUAGCAGAAGAGCGAGCUUACCAGGAAAGGAUACAGGACGCUCUGUCAAGGCCUUACGAGAAACUAGCAAAAAUUCACCCUUUGAGAAGAAAACUCACGUCUAACUCCCAAGAUCACUUAACUCUGACAUUUUAGCUCACUCUGGCUUGCCUUUAAAAACCUUUUCUAGGCGUGUUUGUAACUGAUUUGGGUUUGACCCUUCUCACUGUGACACCUCAAAAUAUUUUAUUUCACUGGCAAAUACAAGAAAUAUAUUUUUAAUUUUUUUUUUCCCACUGUGUUUUUUUUAAUACUGCGUGUUCUCUGCGGUGUAAUCAUGAUGAUGACGUGAAGGAUAUGCAGGCGUUAUUUAAAAUCAAAAAAAUUAAAACUUUGUAGAGGAGUUUCAGCAAAUUUUUAUUAAAACACCUUUCGAGCAGCCUUAAAACUAAUUAAUUAAUGGCCAGAUUGUGUUUUUUUUAUGCAGGAGGAGCGGUGGGUGAUGCAAGGAGGACAGGUGGGAGUAAGCCAGCCCCAUGACAUUCCUCUCAGCCAGCUCCCCGGUAUGCAUUUCAUUAUUUUUUUCCCUCUUGGCUUUGAAGAGAAGGGAAGAAUCCGUUUCUAUCCUCGUGCCCUUUCUUGCUCGUGGGCUUUGUGAUUCAGAAAUGUUUUCUCUGCUUCCUCACAUUUUUCUAUUUGAGCCUUCGUUGCUGUUUAUCUGCAGAUGUUUCUCCUCCUUUUUGCCUUCUGCCAUCUCUCCUCCAGUCUUUUCACCCCUUUCUUCAACUUCCAUCCCUCCCUAAACGUUUCUUCCACCUUUUCCUUCCUCCUCACCUUCUGUUUUCAGUGUUUUAGCUCCCUGUUGGUGAAUACCAGCACACUUGGCUGCUUGUUUUGUGGGGCUAUGAGCAGAGAAGCUGAAAAAUAGCUGGGAUUAGAGCUCAGGAAUCCCCGCUGAGGUAGUUUCAUCAAUCCAGAGAGCCCGGGCAGCCACAGGUCUCUGCUCUCACCGCUAGAUCAAAUUGGCAGGAUGAUUAAGAGAUUAAUUUCCUUGACUGCCACGGACUCCUGGUACGGCCCUGCAUAAGCAAUGCAGAUUUUAUUUACUACCCUGCCCUGUGUUUGAAAAAAAAAAAUAAAUAAAGCGCAUAAUAACACA